AUGAGCUGGAUCUCCACGAUCCGUCGCAACUACUCUCCAACAACAACCCCCGACAGCAAAGAGCUAGCUAUCGAGCGUUCAUCAUUGUUAUCUCUGGUUCUCGACGUGAUAUGGAGUCCGCCGAGCUCAAGGCACGAUGGGCCUCGCAGCGUCGUGUGCCACGAGCUUCCCGCGCGUGCGAGACGUGCCGCUCUCGCAAAACGAAGUGUGACCAAGCACAGCCUUGCUCAUAUUGUGCCUGUAAGAUUUACCGAUGGCGAUGAUAAGGCUGUGCGCCCAUCACCAUGGCCUGUAUCUCAGAGCAAUACUCAUACAAGCUCACAUACUCGAGCACUCGAAUCUUCACACCCACCUGAUCGUUCGUUGAAAAAUACAUCUCGGGGGCCAUAUUUGCCCGAACCUCAGACUCCCAUUCCAGACACGCCAACGGCCUCAUCAAUACACAAUGAUGAAACUCCCACCGCACCGUCUGAGAUUGGCGACGCGGCAUCUCGAGACGGCUUGAGCGGAGUUAAUCUGCACACAAAAGGAACUGAAUUCUACGGCAACUCGUCAAACCUAGCAUUCCUAGGGAACCUCUAUACAAGAGCAAAGAAUCAAGCCGAGACACGUGCUGCUGAAUUACAGGCUACGGAAUCAGAUACUCCAGCCUCUACAAGCAGACAGCAGCCACUUUCUCCUGCAGCUGGCCCCAGGACAGGGCCUCUGUCUGGCAAGGCACAGCUGUCUAUCGUGAACUUGCUGUACAAUGCAGACUAUACAGGCCACCCCUCGCCACAUUCGAUCACUGGUGUUGAGAGUGGAACGAACAGAAGCCCCUCAUUCGUUGUCGGGCAAGGCCAUGCCGGUGCCCUCAACAACUCCCAAGAUAUCAACCUCCCUGCUAUCUUCUCCAAGAUAUCAAGCACAGCUCAACUCGAAAUUGAAAAAAUCUUCAUCGGCAGCUACUUCACCAACAAGCAUUACAUUCACCCCAUCUUAUCAAAAGGUUCAUUCAUGCGCCGCUGCGAACGGGAAGCAUGGCCCAUUUCCAAACGUCCCACCCUCUUCCGCGGCACCGUCAAGUUUGCCAGCCUCUACUUUGCCGUAGUAGCCCUCGGCGCGAUCAAUGCAAGCCCAAACGAGACAGCACUCCUCGACCACUUUUGCCAUCAAUCUGAAGAUCCCGAUAAAACACUUCCGCCGGAAACACGAUUCUCAGCUUUGGACUUUGCAAAGUUCUACUUUGAUAUCGCGAAGCAGGCGCUUGGGGAUUUGUUUGAGAGUAGUUGUCUGGAGACUGCGCAGGCGCUUUUUCUUAUGAGUGUUUUUCGUCAGAAUUCGCUGCAGCCGCAUAGUUGCUAUAUGUAUAGCGGGAUGGCUGUGCGGACGGCGGCGGCUAUUGGGUUGGCUUCGGGUAUGUCUGGUUUACCUUCGGUUAUGAGGAAAGAGGCGAAGCGUACAUGGUGGUGCAUCUAUUCUCAUGAGAUUGAAAUGUGCUGUUCCUCCGGCCGUCUAGACAGCAUGAAGGAGUUACACUACUAUCAAGUUUCACUACCAAAGCUGAAGGUAAACGUGGGUACCCUCGACCCCGACGCAGAAGACAACGACAUAGCCAUGAUUCCUACCAUGGUCUCCCUCGCCCAAAUAAUGUCCGAAGCCUCACACCAACUCUACCAUGCAACAAAACGCUCUAUAAGCGAAAAUUCACGGCUUGCGAUGGACCUGGAUGCGCGUCUGCUCGAGUGGAAGGCGAAUAUACCGUCCUUUUUGAAUCCAGAGGCCACAACACUGAAUGAUCCCGAGUGGGCGUUCAAACAGAAAUUGGUCUUGAGACUGCGAUACUACAACACCCGCAUCCUCCUCCACAGACCGUUCCUCGUGUCGGCAACAUCCAACACAAAGUCCCGAGAAUUGCGUCACCAUUUACACAUUUGUCUCGAAGCAGCACGCAAAAGUAUCACCAUGCAGUACGAGUCCUUCAUGCAUCGUAUCUAUAUUCGAACUUGGUGGUACAACACAACCUACGCCCUCUACGGCUCAAUGAUCCUCCUCCACCUCAUCCUCUCAAACUACCCCUCCCUCCCCGACGACGAUCUCCUCGAAGACGUGGAGAAAUCACUCGAGAUCUUCGAGUCCAUGGAUGAUAUUAUCGUUGCGAGGAGGUGUGCGGAGAUGUUGAGGGAGGUUCUUGAUGUGGCGAGGACUUGUUUGGCGAGAAGGAGGCGUGGGGAGAAUGGUAAUGCUGGUUUGGUGGAUGGGAGGGGAUGUGAAUCCGGGUCUGGGGGUAGUUCGACUGCUGCGUCUACGACUGGGGCUUCGCUCACGGGAAUGGGGACGGGGAUGAACAUCGACUUGCAACAGCAGCCAGGAUAUGCCGGCGCUCCAACACUGUCCAUUGAGAACAUGGCCUCCAGCUCCAGUCAAAAUGAUGCGAGCGAAGAGGACUUUUUCUUCUCUUUCUUCAGUCAAGAUCCACAUCAACCACCGGACCGGACACGCACAGAAAUGCUGGCGAAUCUAGUCGAUCCUUCUAUACUAGAAGAUUUUGCAUUUGGUGGACAGGAGCUUUCAUUUUUCUAG